AUGUUUUCAUACAGUAAUUCAUCAUUAGCACCACCAAAUCUUCACAAUCAAAAUCUAUCUCCAAAUUAUUCAUUACAUAAAUCAACACCAAAUGUUGCUUUUACUCUCGAUAAUCAGUCGAGUCAACGACGUCUCUCCGAUAGUCCGUUACUUCGAUUACCCGCUUAUAAUAUACAAUAUCCAGAUGAAUUUGGUGGAAGUGAAACGUGUAUGUUUAAACAAAAAAAUUCAUCGCUUAGUAUGCUUUUGGAUUCAACAAGUUCGAUGAUGCGUACAGCUUCAACAACAUUUCAAUAUCUUAUUGGAUCAGCACGUCGUGCUUCAUAUUGUGGUCAACCGGAUCCAACUAUUCAAUUAUCUUCAACUGGUAAUAGUGGUUCACUUUAUUUAUUUCCUGGAGCAGCAACUUCAAAUGAAUCAUCAAUAUCAAAUGUAUCAUAUGAAGAUCAACGACGUACAGUAACUAUUUAUGAUGGAAGAAUUCCAGGAUCAUCAGCGACACCAACUAUUCCAUUUGAACUCAUGACACCACUCGAUGCGAUAACUCAAACUGUCGAUGAUCCAGUUGAAUCUUUUGUUCAAAUUGUAUUAGAAGAACCGGAUGAUCGACCACCAGUGAUGCUUCCAUUAUCAUCAUCACGUCGAAAUUCAACAACACGACAUCGACAUCGAAGUAUUUCUCCAAAUUCAUUAUCAAAUAAUGAUCAGCUAACAACAUCGGAAAAAACACAAACUGAUACUCAAUCAUUACCAAUUACAAAUUCAUUGAAUUCAUUAAAAAUACAUUCUCAACUACCUGAAGUUAUUGAACCAAUGGAUUUUUCUUUUCUUGAUCCGGUGCUAAGAGGUGAAAGUGCUGCUCCACCACCUGUACGUACUCAAAAUUUACGUCGAAUAUCACUUCAGAAUAAUUUAAAAGAUGAAGAUUCACUUCUUGAUCUUCAACCUUUAUCACGUUCAAUACCAAUGAUUAAAGAUGAUUUAACAUUAUCUAGUGCUAAGAAUAACUAUCAUUCAAUUACAUCUACUUCUCGUUUAAAAGUACCAUCAUCGAAUGACUAA